AAGCUCUUUAAAAGCCGGACCGAGUCGUGGCUCCAGCCAAACUCACAUCAACUCUCCACUCAGUUCCACACGUGACGUCAUGGUCCCGACGAAGAUGCAGAGGUGUUGCAGUCUUUUUUGCGUGUCUCUUAUUUUUUGUGCAACCCUGUCCGAGACCAUCGGGCUCGUCAUUGCGGCAAAAGAGAAGCGCGGUUGGACUCUGAACAGCGCUGGAUAUCUGUUAGGUCCUCGUCGUAUUGAUCACCUAAUUCAGAUAAAGGAUUCCCCCAGUGCCAGAGGCAGAGACGAGCUGGUCGCUCAAUAUGCAAUAGGUGGACACAGGACACUGGGAGACAAGGCGGGUCUGGCUGGCAAAAGGGACAUGGGCCAGGAGGACGACUUAAGAACAGGUGCUCUAAGAAUAGGAGAUGAAGACAUCAUACACACCGUCAUUGACUUCCUGUCUUACCUUAAACUUAAAGAAAUGGGAGCUUUGGAGAACCUGUCUCCUUCUGCCACAUCAGAUGAGCUGACCAACCCCUAACUCUGCUGUUUGCCUCUACGAUGUUUCAGAGGUUUGCCCUUGAUGUGGCACUGUUUUAACCUCACUGACCAUCUGUUAGCUAAAUGUGAUAUUUGUGUUUUUAUGUAAAUAAAACCCUUUAUCUACAGAAUCUCA